GUGCCAAUAGGCAUAGACAGGGUCUCUGGGCUAUUCUGAGCCUGGCCUUGCCCGCGCUUUGUCCACGCAACGCUUAAUAGCCGCGCGCAAUCCAGUAGCAUCGAUAGGUAUACACGUCUUAGCUUAUAGCGACCAAAGGAGAUGCUAAAUUUGCAGCGGAGGGGCGCCAUCGGUGCCACAACACCCAACACCGCAGCGCGGCACCGGCUGGGGACGCCGCCCGCGGCCACACCCUCCCGAGAGUCCGCCUCGUCGCUGGACGACCAGGUCCAGCGGAUCAUUAAAGAGCGACGACGCGAUGUGGCGAUGCUGGGCGGCUCGGCGCCCUCACGGGAGCGCAAGAACCCCAAAGCAUGGAAGAAUAUGGAUGCACUGAGGGAGUACCUGGAGAAGCCGGUGGGCGGGCAGCCGGGCUUCAUUGCCUCGGUGCUCAACUGGCUAUCUCAGAACGGCUUUGUCGGCCUCAAGGAGCCACGCGGGCUGGCCGGCGUGUACAGGUGGUUCCUCAACCUGGUGCCCUCGAACGUGCACCGCAUCAGCCCGGCCAGGCCGUACGUGCGGCACCCGCCCCCGGAGCUGGUGAGCCAGGCGCGCAGCAGCCCGCUGCCGGGGCUGCUUCUGGUGGCCCCCGAGUCGCUGGCCAAGGCGGCAGUGGACGUGCCCGGCGUGCUUGCCAUGAGCUCGGAGGAGGCGGUGGGGCGGCUGACGGGGCUCAAGGCACUGCUGCCGGUCAUCGACGUCAGUCACCUGGUCAUCACCGAGCCCAGGUUCUACCUGGGCACGCCACGUGCGGAGGUGGAGGCAUGUGUGUGUGCCUACGUGAACCUCCUGGUAGACCGACACAAGCUGCCCAGCUCCCUGGUGCAGGAGAUGGUAUGGUACGACCCCGGUCUUCCGAUGGUGGCCAACGACACGGGCAUGUGUGAGCUUCGCGCGCUGUGGCCCGAAGACCUUGUGGACGCUAACGCGUGGGAGCAGUCGGACCCCCGCGAACUGGCGCUAGCGGUGCGGGCGCUGUCCACCCGCCUCCGCUGAGCAGCAGCGUCGGUGUGAGGCGCAGUUGAGCUGACUGGAAGCCGGUCAGCGGGCUGGCAGCGACGC